AUGGGAUAUAAGAUAUAUUCUAACUCUGACUUAGUUCAAACAGUAACAUGGGCAAACUAUGAAUGGUUCGCUUUGAGAAACUCAGUACAACCACAAGCGAGAGAACAAACAGACCAGUAUGCAACUAUUGAGAAAAUAAGAAGACUUGACCCUAACGUUCCAGGAGUUUAUGUUAACCUUUCUGGACAAAAUGCAGCAGCAGUAACCAAAGUAAAAUUGAAACUUAGAGUUCCUUUGUCAUCUUUCCUCAUCUUCAGGUUUUUAAGAUACUUGCCAAACUGGGCAGGAAAAAUUUCUAUCGAACUUACUCCAAGCAAAAAUAACUUAGUCAUUGCACCAACACAAGACCCAUUCACUCUUACAGAAGUAGUGGGAACAAAUAAAAUGUCAUUCGCCGACUUUUGCAAAAACAAAGUUGACUUAGACUUUGGUUUCUCAAACCUCAACACUGAAGUAAACUAUUAUUUCAAUGCUGCUGGAGAUGCUUGGGACCCAGUUAAGUUCACAUGCGAAAAAUUUGAAUGCAAGAGAAUAGAAAGCAGACUUGCAGUCUAUAUGUUGGACCCAGAUAUUUCAAAUGCUUUAGCUGCCAAAUAUAUUGCAGUUCCACUUAUGUUCCCUAUACACCAAAUAUCUGUCAAAGACUUUGCAGGUGAAGUUGGAAACCAAAGUGCUGACCCAGGUGCAAGAACAGAUAUUGCCUUAACAACUGCAAUGAAACAUGCAGAUACUAUGUUUGUACUGUUCAGACGAACUAUAAAUGACUAUUCUUGUUUCUACAACCCCGGUAUUAAAUAUCAUAUAAACAUAGAUGGCAAAUACUAUCCAAGAGAAGAAUAUUCUACAGUUGAGGAUAUGAGGUCAUACAACUUGACAUUAGAUGCUAUGAACUUUAACAACAACUUCACAACAACCAUUAACCCUGAAAUGCAAAGUUCUAUUAUGCCAUAUGUGAAAGUAUGGACUCAUACAGGAG